AUGAGAGAAGUCAACUUCAGCAUCCCCAAUGUCAACAAGGCCUCUGUCCAUAUCACUACCACCCUUUAUGACCGCCGAGCCCUGGAUUGCACUUCGACCCUCCCCCUUAUAAACUCCCUCAAUCACUUAGCAUACCUGACGACUUCUUCCGCACGUAUUCGCGAUAUCCUUACAGUCGAUGGCGGCGUUGAGCGCCUUGUCUGCAUAUUGAAGGAGGGCCGGAGCAAGGAUGAAAUGCACAUGUGGAAAUGGAAUCUCGCUUUUCAAUGCAUCGUAAAUAUUGGUGUCCGAGGCUCAGAAAACGUGCGGACGCGCGUGGUGGAAGCAGACAUGGUCCCUGUCAUUGCGACAGUCCUGUGGGACUACAUCUUGGUCAUCGAAAUGGAAAAGGCAAAGGCCGAUGCUGAGCAGGAGAAACGCAACGGAUCCAAGCACUCGGGGAGUUCGAAAGCCUCGAAACUGUCUCGAGAACUAACACAAGAUUCUGCACCAAGGACUUCCUUCUUUGAGCAUCUGCACGCGGCCACCGAUCACCGUUCCAAUCGUCGCCAGGCGCCCCCUCCGUCCUUGGAUCUACCACAAUCUUUUUCGCAGAGUUUUGGCGCCACAGAAACAGGGCCGGCAGAGGGAGCAAGCAUUAUGCCUCCAAGCGUUUUCACCUCACCUCCCGAACGGACAAUGUUUCCCCGACGUGAUAUGCACCAUCACAACCGGGGCCACGAGAGCAGGAAUUCUUUCCACAGAUCUCUCAACUUGCAACCUCCGGCUACAGCAGUGCCUUCGAUGGAUGCGUCCGACGGAUUUUCAUUGCGGCCAGUCCGGGAGGUGGAUAGACUACCUUCCAUGCUACCUCCACUAAAUACAGGCGUGACAUCUCAUCCCGACUCGCCGACUACACUCCAUCUGCACCACUCCAUCGCGGAAUGCUCUCUCCCGUUGGUCGCCGCAUGA